AAAUCCGGAUAACGCAUCGGUGAACCCUGCGGAUUAACAGAGUAAACUGCAACAAACCACGCGACCCCCAAACCUCUCUCUCUCUCCUCGCCUCCGCCGUCGCCGUCGCCGUCCUCGACUGCUCCUCCGGUGUGAUCCGAUCACGCGCGGCCUCUCCGCCUCCCGCUCGCCCUUCUCCGCUUCGCGUGUUGUACUGUUCUCCCGCGGUCCCGCCCGAGCAGAGGUUUGGGUUGGCCAGCGAGGGAGGUUGGCUAGGGCAGCGGGCUGAUGAGAGAGGCGUCAGGCAUGUCCGGGGGAGAAGACGUCCGCAAGGUUUCUCGCCAGGACAUACAGCUCGUCCAGAAUCUUAUUGAACGAUGUCUUCAGCUUUAUAUGAACCAGAAAGAAGUGGUUGAGACCCUAUCAUUCCAGGCGAAAAUUGAACCUAGUUUUACUGAGCUUGUCUGGCAGAAACUUGAGGAAGAGAAUCGUGAGUUCUUUAAAGCAUAUUAUGUGAGACUUAUGCUUAAGAAUCAAAUAAUGGUCUUCAACAAGCUCCUUGAGGAUCAGUAUCGGCUUAUGUGUAAAGAGCAGCCUUCUGGAGUACCUUCUAUGCCUCCUACUACUAAUGGCUCCAACAUGGGCACAUUGAAUCAAAAUGCAUGCUUUUUGCCAGACACUACUCCCAGCACUGCAAUGCCAGAUAGCUUGCUACCCAAUGGAAGUUCCAGCGGUAUUGUAAAUGGCACUCCAUCCAGUGACCAAUUUAUCUAUGCUGGUAAAGUCAUUCAUGGUCUUCCUAGCAGUAUGGAUGCUUCAUCUAGUCUACUGGCAGCACAUAACUCAACUGCUGGGAGGUUUAAUGGAGACAAUGGAACAACAAUCAAGACAGAAGCAAGCUACUCGGGCAACUCUGAUUUUGGUUUCUGCAAUGAGAGCGCUUUCCUAGAACCUUGCCAGUCAAUUGGGGAUGCCUCUGGUGGAUCCUUCAGCAGCUCUGAGCUGAAUGGACAGCCACUAGGUGAUCCAAUUAUGGACAUGGAUUCAUCAUCUUUUGGUUUCUUGAGCCAAAUUCCUCGGAAUUUCAGUUUUUCAGAUUUAACUGAAGACUUUAGCCAAAGUGCAGAAAUAUUGGAGAAUUAUGGCAGAUCCCCUUUUAUCCCUUCUGAACCAAAUAAUUUCUCAGAGUCUACUCCUGGAGACCAUGCAGAAAUAGGAAAUAGACGGCUAGAUACCAUAUCCGAGGGUGUUAGUUAUGAAGAUUUUGGAAGCGAUUAAUCAGAUAUUGAUGGUACUGCUUAAGGUUGAGCAGUGAUGCAUAACUUUGUACAUAGUAGUUUGGGCAAGUGAGUCUAUAUUCGUGGCCAUGGAACUCAGCUAAUUUCAUGGAAACUAUUGCUUCGUCAGUUUUAGGUCUUGUUCUGUUGGACUACCAGCUUCGGUGACUUGUGUGAGAAUAUUUCAUGGCCUAAUAAUGUGUCGCAUUGACUGAUGCAAGAAACCUAUUGUCCCUGUGUCAUUGCUGAAGAUAUUGUAGAAGUUAGCGUUAAUGGUGACUGGAAGCUUUACAUUGACAUUUCGUGCUGUUGCACUUGAUGUGUAGUUUGUACAUGAUGCUUAGUUAACAUUUUCCCUCUGUUGCACUUGCUGCGGUUGGCCAUGUCGCGCUCUGCACUCUUCGGUUGUUCAGACAUGAGAGUUUACAAUAAUUCAGUAUUGGAGAAGUUGGUAAAACUGUCAGAUUGUUGACGCUUGGUGAAGUUUGAUUCUCAAGAUGUGUUUGUUACACUACCGUCUACCAUUACAUGUUUCCAUUCCCUGAACACAGAAUAAACAGUGAUUGCAAAUUUGACAUCCAAGCACAAGAUGAUUAAGAUUCUGUUAGCUUCUAGUCCAAAGAGAGUGUGAACUGAGAACGGGAGAUCGAUAAGAUUGAGUAGAAAAAAAAUUAGCUUUACGAAAUUCAAAGUUACGCGUAUACAAAACCUGGACAUGGGCAAAGAACAUCUCCAAUUUACAGUAAUUCAGUAAACAACAGAUCACAAAUCUCACAGAACAGGACGAAACACAUGAGAAAAAUAGUCUAGUUCUUGGGGAUGUUCUUGCCGACGAUCUUGGCAGGAGCGAUGCGGAGGAGGUUCCCGGGCUUCCCUGGAA